AUGGCCAUCCGCUUGCGGGCGCAGCCCCUCCUCGACUCGUUCCUCGGCAUGGACCUCAAGCUCGGCGCGACCCUCAUCUCGCUCUUUGCCCUGCUCAACAAGGUCGCCGGCGCGUACGGCAUCCUCGCCGUCCUCCUGUCGGGCGGCGCCGCCCUGAGCCAGCCCCUCGGCCAGCUCACCAUGUACGCCUACUCGAUCGCGAGCUUGGUCGGCUUCAUCUGGGGCCUGCAGAAGAUCAGCGAGGAGAACGGCCCCAAGACGCUCCUGUACGCGCACGGCUUCGCGGCCGACCACCUCGUCGGGACCGUCUACACGACCUUCUUUGCGGUCGUGUGGUACCUCUUUGUGCCGCACGACGGGCGGCGCGUCGCCAACAGUGACGCGCAGAAAGCCAUGAUGGGCGGGAGCCAGUCGGGCGUCGAGAUGGACGAGACGGAGAGGACGCAGGCGGCCAUGGGCGUGUGGACGAGCGAGAGGGGGUUCAGCGGCGCCGUGCUCCUCAUCGGCUGGCUUCUCAAGAUCUACUUCAUCCUCGUCCUGUACUCGUUCGCGCUCCACCUGCGCCGCGGCACCUACUCGUCGCUCCCGCACUCGUCGCACAACACGGUCCCCUCGUCCAAGUUCACCUCGUCAACGUCGGGCGGCGGCAGCGGCGGUGGCUCGCCCUCGUCGCGCAACCGCCGCCGGUUCAACCCCGGCGGAGGCUCGCGCCACACGCGCGACUCGUCGACCGGCGGCGCGCGCUACACGCACCUGCGCGGCGCGUCGCUCGCGAGCUCGGCGGCGGGCGUCGGCGGGCGCGACAGCCUCGACGGCGAUGCCGACACGCGAGCGACCCUCGCCGACUCGCUGUGGGAGGACGAGGCCGACACGGCCGAGGCGCUCUUGCGCGGCUCGGCGGCGGCGGCGGCGCCGGGCUCGGCGGGAGCGGGCGCGGGAGAGGACCUCGCGGCGCAGCAGCGGCGCGCGGCGAGGGAGGACCCGCCGGCGUCGCCCGCGUUCGCAAAGGGCACGGGCAUGGUGCGCUCGGUGAGCGGCGGCGUCAUGGUGAGCGGUGGUGGCGGUGGUGGCGGCGGGAGCGGGAGCGGAUCGGCGGCGGCGACGACGCCGAGGGCGGUCGAGGAGGAAGGGGGCGCGAGCGCGAACCCGUUCAGCAAGAUUCUCGGGCGCAUGAGCGGCGAGGCGACGAGGUGAGGAGCGUUUGCGGGCGAGGAUGAGCGAUAGGGAGGGAGAGAGCGGCGUGGAGGAAGGGAGGACGGGCCUCUCUAAUCGACUCGAGGCUUGAGGACUAUCGUAGAGCAUCCGCACUUGCACACAGGACGUACACUCUCUC